UUAAGCAUGGGAAAGAAAGCGAUUGGUGGCUGAUUAAUAAAAUAAUAAAUAAAAUUAUUAUUGCACACACGUCAUCGGAAUGCGAAAUGUAAUAAUAUGCGAAAUGGGAGGAGAUAUGGGCAGAUUUUUGCAUGGGUGGAUUGGAUUUGCAUACCUUACCUCGUCCAUCAACCACUUUUUACUGAAGAGCGAUUGAUAUGCAUGCCUAAAUGUAAACUAACCUGAGUUUACUAUAUAUUAAACUAUAAUAAGUCCACUAACAAGAUGCAUGCAUUAUGUACAACUGUCCAGAAAUGCCUAUGAAAAUAUUUGCAUAACCGAGGCGUCCCCAGGAAAGCAUUUUAGUCGCAGGAGGAAAGUGAAAAGGAUAACACAACGGCAAACCCUAGAUUCAUUAACGUCUUGCAGAAUCAGAGUCCACCAAAAAAAACUAUCAAAAAAACUACCGAAAUGUUCCGCGGUAUGAACUUUCAUGAAUUUCGAAACCACUACGAGGACCUCGUGUCUCAUUCAUGUUACAAAAUGUCCUUGGAGUUUGAAAGUCUAAAACCUCGUGGAAGCGAGAUGAUGCCAUGGUCGGCAGGAAACCGGGGAAUGAACCGUCCGAAAAACCGGUUCGUCAACGUUCUGCCUUUCGAUCAUACUCGAGUAAUUCUCAGCUCCGUUGAAGGCGUGGAUUUCAGUGACUACAUCAACGCGAAUCAUAUCUCGGACUACAACUCCAGUGGAGAGUUCCGUGGUCGAGAGUACAUUGCUACUCAAGCGCCGUUAAAGAACAUGGUCAACGAUUUCUGGCGAUUAUGCUGGGAGUCGAAUACCACGUGUGUCGUCAUGUUGGCCCGUUACGUAGACCGACCUUCGUCCCCGGAUGACUUCAAUCCUUUCCAAUUCAGUCGCCCAGAUCGGGAAGAAUGCACGCAUUACUGGCCAAGCACCUCGAUUUCGGAAAUGUAUGGUGAAAUUGAGGUCGAAGUCAUGUCCGAAAUUCUGGACGGGUAUCGACGCUCGCCUCACAAAUGGAUCAUCUCCGAGUUGAAACUCCGCUACAAAGAGCAGGAAAGACGCCUUCGUCACUACCAGUUUCUAACUUGGACCCAUUUGGAGUCCGUCGACCCACCCGAAGCGCUUGUCCACUUCGUCCGAGAGGUUCGGAAGUAUGCUCCCUCUCCGAUUCUGGGAAACCCAUCCAACGCGCCCCUCAUUGUCCACGGGAGCGCAGGCGUCGGUCGCACUGGGACCUUCAUUGCGGUCGAUAUUGCAUUGAAUCAAAUCGAGAAGAAGAAAGCCGUCAAUAUUGCCAGCAUCGUGAGUCAAAUGCGGGCGCAAAGGGUUGGAAUGGUUCACACGGAGCCCCAGUACGUCUGCAUUUACAAAUGUGUCAUCGUAACACUUGAUGAAAUCGAGGCUAACGGCAUUGAAUUUGGCGACCCUGCGCCGGGCAACCAUUUCGAAAGAGUUGUCCCCGAUCGAGAAGAGUGGUUUUGCAGCCUCUCCAACAUUUAGGUCUCUAUGAUUUUGACCAAGCAGCAAAUCCUAAUUUGAUAUGUUAAAUGUAAUUGACUAAUAAAUGAAUGGAAUUUACUUCACUCAUCCUCAG